AUGCCCAGCUCACAUCAUUCUCACCGACCACCGACGUCUGCCACCCCUACCCCGGAAUGGAGAGUCCCGGCGGCACCCCCGAGACCAUCAGGUCGUCCAGUUGCGAGCCCACCACCACCACCGCCGCCACCUCCGUCCUAUAACCCAGCCACUGGUAACUACGGCCCAAGUCCUAAUUACAGUCCGAUUACUGGCUUUGCGGGCGUUAAUACGGCGACAUGGGGUGUGAAUUACAACAGACAAAAUUAUAUGCAUUCGCCUCCUCCUCCGCUGCCGCCGCGGCCUUCCAGUACCUCUGGUCAGCCGUCAAAUACCCAGUCACCGACCGUAACGCCCGCAGAUUACCACCAGUCUUCAAUUCCGAGUUAUGGAGGAGGGGUGUCAUCGGGGGAUUAUCACCAGCAAUGGGCAUCAAAUCCUACUUAUGCGCCUCAGCAACCUGCGACCUCUUUACCACCUCCCCCACCUCCCCCACCUCCACCGCCGGUCACGGUUGACACGUCUAGUUAUCACAAUCCUGCACUAUCAGUGCCAGUGGUAUCACAGACUCAGCAAGCUUGGAACCAGCCGCCACCACCAUCGUAUCCCAAUAUUACCCCGAGUCAAUAUCACCCUCUAAGUACUGGCGCCAGUUAUCCAGGCCCUACUUCAGCCCUUCCAGCGCCCAGCUUUCAACAGGACGUAGAUGUCCGGCCAGCGGCGUCCUUUUCGCCGGAAGGACCUGCGUCACAGUCUCCAAUAGCUGCUCCGCCUGUGCCUCCGAAAGCUGGUCCUUCCGUGUUGGGAUCAGGUGGCCCUUCUGAUUGGGAGCAUCUCUCUCCUACCGCAGGUGAAAUUGAUGAUGUAGCUGCUUUCAGACCAAGAAUAGACGCACCAGCAAAUGCGACGCAUGAUUUGAGUCCGAGUCAUGGAGGUGGUACUACAGGCAUGACUGGAAGCGGCCAUUCGCCAACACCGUCAUUUUCGGACCUGGACUAUAGAAAACCAACAGUGAGCGAGGCAUCCCAGAAUUACUCGACUCAAUCACCUACUAGCCCAGGGACUCGGCAUGAUUUUCCGCCGCCCGCUCAACCAGUUAGGAUGGACACAAUUGGAUCAGAUUAUACCACGGACUCUCUCGUUGCGAGCUCCGAAAAUAUUGACGGUGUUAUCGAGGCAUGGAAUAUGCCAAUCUCGGCGGAUGACAAGCCAUCGCCGGUACAGCAAAGUCCCAAAGUUGAACAAGCACCAGUUUCUCCUCAUAUGACUUCAAGUCUUGUGGAAUCCGUCCCAACAAAACAGCCAGAACCUACAGCACCUGGAAAUGAAACUCGCGUCGACUUAGUGGAUAAAACGAAAGAUGCUGUCAAUGAAUCGGCGAGGGCGGCGACAGAAUCCCCUCGGCCGCCAUCUAGGCAGGUCGAUCGCUACGAAGAUCUUGAUUCCUGGUCGCAGUCCUCUUUGGAACGCUAUGUGGCGAUGUUGCGAAAAGAAGCUGUUGCUGAUUCUGACGAGGAGCGCUUUAAGAUCUUCACAACAUUUAUGGCCAAAGAAACGAAGCUGCGUGAAAUUCUCUACAGUAUCGAGCAUGAGACCACCGCUGCUGCAGAGGCUCCUCAGCAAUCGGCUGAUGCUCAAACCCCAGCGAAGGAACCAAAUAAUAAGCCGACAACCACUCCAGACGAAUCAGGGUUGAUACCAGUAGAAACUGAAGAGAACCACUCUGCGCCAAAUAUUGACGAUGUAGAAGAUGGCAGCUAUAGUCCAGGCGGGCGUCCUAUCCUUCCCAGGCUUCAUACCCCUCAGUCGGCAGCACUCCAUAGGUCAGCGUCUAACCCAGGGGGCCCUAAGUACACCGCAAGCCACGCAGUGGCAGCCCAUAGCUUGCGCUCUACCUCGGUACCGCCUAACAAUCCAGUGUACUCUCCCCUCACAACAAAUCCCCCGCAGCGGAUCUACACGCCAUUCCGAUACACCGAAGGACCUCAGAGAGGCUCCGACAAACUACAGAUUGACCGCCCCGCGUAUCAAGCUUACUCUGCGUUGCGGCAGGCGGGGGCAGAAAGCGGACGUGUAAUGGCGGACACGGCACCAUCAACUGAAGGUAACCGGAAGCGGGCUACAUCCGGGGCAUCUAUCCAAAAUGAUCUAGAUGAAACCUUCGUCGGGUUAAUCAGAGAAAAGAGCGUCAACUAUCGCACGAAGCCUUCCCAGACCUCAAUUCCGCCGCUGCCACCAUCUCUCCGGCAGGGGAAACCACCUAAUCCGCUUGAAGAAUUGCGCACUAUUAUUUCGACCCCGGCUUAUAAAAAGUCGGAAAGCCUGUGGCAUACUACAGUUAGGCAAGACCUUGAGAAGUAUCCUAACGACUUUAGUUUUGUCCGUGAGACAGGUCGAAACUGGGAGAUGGCCAGCAAGGCUCGCAAAGAGAGCCUAGAACAGGAGCGCAUUAAAAGACAAGAGGAGUCAGAGAGUCAUAUUGAUGCGCUAUUUAAUGAAAAGGAAAUUGGCUAUGCGGAUAUCAACAUCCUGGAGGAAGAGUUCCGACAAACAGAGGCCCGCACCCAGCUUGAGGAGGAACGAAAGGAACUUGAGGAUUUUAUUUCCAAUGUUUACGGGCCAUUGGAUAAGCGGUUGGAGGAAGAGAUAUCUGCCCUUCAAGUUCAUUAUGACUCUGCGCUCAGCCAGCUGGACCGCGAGAACAACAACAAGCAAGAAGGCGCAGGCAAGCACAGCAUAUCUCACACAAUGAAGAUCGUGAACGAGAUCCACCACAGACUCGAAAUGAGACACCACAAGCGGUUGGAGAUUGCUCUGGACCGCGAGCGCCGGCGACAGAAAGCUGAGAGACGGCCUCUCGUUUUUAUGGGUGAUUCUGCGGCGUUGAAGAAACUAGACAACGAGUUUGAUCAAAUGGAGAAACAGAAUAUCCUGGAAGCCGCGCGUGCUCGUGAUGAGCGGGCUAACAAGCUCAUGGACUUAUUCGACGAUGCCAUCAUGCGCGGGCUAGGAGAGAACCAGAGUCUACUCGACGAGCUAUCAGCCAAAGUGACUCAGGUCAACGACACCGCCAUCCGCUCAUCCAGCCUCCCAGAGGCAGAAGUUGAGCAGAUCCUCAAAUCCGUCCACAGCCUAGUAGAGUACCUUCGCAAAGACUCCGAGUCCAUUCUCCACAGCUUCGGCGUUGCCGACUCGGCUCUCAACAACGCAGACUAUAGCGUCUCCGUGGCCGAGGCGCGUUAUUCCAACGCAGAGCCGGAGGUGUUCCGCCAGCUUGAGGCUGAGAAGAAGAAAGAAGAUGCCAAGAUCCAGGAUAAUGUCCGUACCAAAUUACAGAGCUUUAGCGUCGGACCUGCCAAGAUCGCGGUCGCCAUUAACGACGCCCUGCGCACGCUAGGGAAAACGCCUUUCCCUGACAUGCCAGUUCCUGCGGAUGUCAUUCCUGCCAGCCAACUUUAUGACAUUUCGCUACCUACUCCUGCUGUUCGGCCUGCUAGUACGUUGGGCAUAGCGGCGAGGAAGCUGGAGACAGACCCAGAGCAUCGGGAGCGGCUGCGCAAGGCGUUGGACGACGCAAAGAAACGCAAUGCGGCAAGGCAGCGCUCGGCGUCUGUGGUGGCGAAGGAAUGAUUUCUCAAGGUUGUGUAGCUUAUGACUCACGAAUUUCUUAUGUUCUUAUACCCUUUACCUUUGGCGAUGCACUUGUCUUUCUUACGUUUUUUGUCUCUGUCCCCGUAUAGAUCGUUAGGGCAUACCUUAUAGUCGACACAAUGAUUAAUCUAUUAAUAUUCUCGUUCUA